AUGGAGAGGUUUGCCCACACGCAGUCUGCAAAAGUACAAGUGAUCCAGUUGCUGAAACGUCUCGUUAAAAUCAUGAUGCACGUUAAUAUCAUGGACGGUAUGGGUAUAAAAGACAAUCAAAACCAUCAGGCUUACAUUCGUCAUUUCGAUUUAUCAGCCAUGCCAAGAUUAUCAGUUUCAUUACAAGAUGAUCCAUGUAACAGCUACAGAAUGUUGUAUGAUGAUGGUGGACGAAGUAUUAAAUGUGACCUGUAUUAUUCUGAGUCCCAUGAUAGAUUUAUAGCUGAAGGAUGGAGAAGAGUUCAGCUAGAGUCAACAGGAGAAGAUCUUACUAUGCCUACUGAGUGUGUUUCUCGUGGAUUUUGUGGUUCUCACAGCAAUGUCUGGUUGAAUGGUAGCCAUCCUACAGUAGAAGAUGGUAUAGUUGAUAGAAUGGGAUGUUUAAGUAUGUUUUCAUCGUGCUGUAAAGUCAAGUAUCCGAUACAGAUUAAAAACUGUACGGACUAUAUGGUGUAUAAUUUAAAGAGAACGCUUGGUAGUGAUGAACGUUAUUGCUUCGGUGAUUCUACUCUCUGCAAACAAACUACCGUAUCUCCAACUACCAAGUCACGCACAAGUACUCUAACUACCAAGACAUUACGGUCAACUACCACCGAGAAGACAACCUAUGUAGAUGAUAAUCAAACCAAUAAUGUUCAUUCUCAACUUGGUUUAAAAACAGAUUAUAAAUCAGAGGAACUAGUUUUGAUUCUUAGUGUGUGUUUAUCUGUAACCAUCGCUUUACUGAUUAUUCUUGCUGUGGGUGUACUGUGUUGCUUAAGAAAAAGAAAUACUGGACAAGAAUAUGAACCUGAUACCAAACCAAUCAAGGCGUAAAUUAUUCUCUCGACUUUAUGAUAUUAUAUUUUAUAAUUUUUAUAGCUGAUCUUUGUUACUCUAUUUAUUUUACACAGUAGUAUAGGUGCAGAGCAGUUUACCCUUUCUGACUUUUACUUCGUAGAGCUUAUAGCGGUUUUUUUAGUGGGGCAGGGACUGGGGGUGCGGAUUCGAGCUUGUCAACUCCCGUAUUUUCGGGGAAAAUAUUGUUUUGGAGCUAACUUGAAAAUAAAUAUACUGUAAAUUAAUUCUGUAUUGAUUAGUAGAUUUAGAUUUAGUGCCGAUUUACUUUGUAUAUUUUAAAAUGUCUAUGAAAUUUAGACGCAGAGUUGGAACUAAAUAUUAUAGUAAUGAAAAGUUUGAAAAUGAAAUAGACGUUGAAUCUUAAUCUUUCCUAUUUUUCCUGUUUAUUAUUUUUGUUGAUUGUUUUAAUAUUUUCUUUGAUUUGUCUUAUUUGUAGCCAGCAGGUAUUGUCAGUGUUGAAUCUAUGCCGAAUUUAAUUUUGAAAAUAUUUCUAAAUAAGAUCCUCAGUUUUCAUGCAAUAUUGUUUCAAUUUGUAUAGAAAUAUAAUUGUAUAAUUAUUUGUUUUACCAACCAAUAAAACUGUAAAAGUAUUUAUGUAAAAUAUUAAUAAGUAAUAUUGUGUUGUCCUUAGGGGACACAUUUCUCUUUAUUUUGGUAUAUUAUUUUCAUAAAUUUGAAGGGAAAAAACAGAAUGCACUUUUAAAUAAAAAUGUUAAUAAAUACUAUAUUUAUUGUUAUCUAUUGUUAGGUUUGUAUGUCUUGUACUAUAAAUAAACUUUAAUUAUUACG